UACAUACACAGGGAAACCUACACUUAAUACAACAGGAGAAACAGAGAAGAAUCUGGCAUUUUUAGAAGCUAUGGGCAUAAGCCUGGAUGCACUAAGCUUGGAUGAGCUUGGAUAUUCAAUGACACUUCUAGGAAAAGGAGCUAUUUCUGAGAUUCCUUCAUGUGGCACUAUGAAUGGAUUAUAAUCAGCGAUGUUUAACUUGCUACGCAGAGUACUGUGAUCAGCUCAGGACAUAUCUGCUGUUUUGAUCCUUAUCUUGCGGCCCCUGGGGGCCUUUGAUCAUGACAUCCGCGUGGUCCUUGAUGUGGGUUGUGUGUGGACUGACGGUGUGGUUUCCCCACACUCACGGAGCCUCAGUGAACCCCAGACUGCUCAUGAUCGCCUCUGAUCCAACCACUGACGAGCAACCAAUCAAUCCAGAGCAUCUGACUGAAUCUACAGAUCCACCCAGCAACAACACAGACUCAUUGAGCCCCAAUCUGCUCAUACCAACCUUUGAUUCAACGACUGAUGAGCAACCAAUCAGUGCAGAACAUCCGACUGAACCUACAGAUUUAAUCAGCAACAAUGACACAGCAGCCUCAGUGAGUUCCAUUCUGCUCAUGACCACCUCUGAUGUAAGUACUGAAGCCCAACCAAGCACUCCAAAACAUCAGAAUGACUCUACAAAUCCAACCAGCAGCAACAACACAGGACUUGCGUGUAUUUCUGUGCUUCCCCCACGACGGGGAUCAUACUAUGUGGAGCAUGGCACGGGGGUAUCUGUGGGCUCCAUGCUUGUGUUCUGGUGUAAGGAGGGCUACCAGCUGGUUGGCCAUGAGAAAAUCACAUGUAUCCUACAUGCAGGGGUCCCUCGAUGGAGCAGCUACCUGCCAGUCUGUGAGAGUAUCCCUCGGUCAAAUGACCAGGGACUUCACAUUGCUUUACUGGUGUCUGUUGUGAGCGGGGUGGUCAUUUUUGUCAUGACUGUGUGCUUCCUCAUCUGCUGUUGUCAAGAGUGCAUGAGGAAAAAGAAGGAAAAGCGUCGGAUGGGUAGAAGCAGGAGAAGAGAAACACGGAGCUCUGGGUCUCGGAGAAGCCCGUCCUGGUUGGAGCGAGAGCAUAUAGACUGGGAAGCAUUCCCUCCACCUAAACUUUUCAGCCUGUCCCAGCGUGUUGACCGGCCUCUGCCCCCUGGUAGUCCUGUUUAUUCAGAGGUCACCAGAGCCUAUGAGAAUAGAGGAUAUGAGAGGAGUCAGGAGAGUCUGCUGAGAAACCUCCAUAGAACAUACCCUUCAUACCAUGCCAACAGCCAAACCUACCCAGCCCUUGUUUUCCAAAGGGUUCAAACUGAGCAAAAUCCCUCCACCUCUUCUACCUCCCCAGUUUACAUACAGAUUUCUACACCUCCCAAAAACAAGACCCCACACACCAAUUCUGUAACCCACCCAUAGACUAGUCGCAACAUAGAUGCAACCAGUAGUCAUUUUUCUCUUCAGCAGCACUGAAUGUGGCCAAGACAGCACAGACAACAUUGCACAGCUGUGGUGGCCAGAAGCGCUUUGAUAUUUUUAAUGUUGAUGAUGUCUUUUAAUAUUUGCUAUAUUGUAAAUAUAUUCCAUUUUGAGGUGGACCUGGUUAUUUUUGUCAGAUUUUUGAUAGCACCUAAAGGUACCUAAUUUAACCAAACUGUAAAUAGAAUAUGCAAGAAUAUAAAAUUGAACAAUAGACCAAAAUCCUUUUGUUUUGCACAAUUUAGAAAUUGUCUUUGAGGUGGUCAACUUUCACUCAUUUUCAUUAUAUUAUAUUCAUAAUGUGUUGUAAAA